AUGACUACAGUACAAAAGAUCAAAGAAAUCGAAGAUGAAAUGGCUACCCAAAAGAAUAAGGCCACGAGCUACCAUCUGGGUCAACUCAAGGCUAAGCUUGCAAAACUACGACGCGAGCUUAUAUCGCCCUCUGGAGGAGGAGGCGGAGGCGGACCCGGUAUCGGUUUUGAUGUCGCUAGGACUGGUGUAGCAUCUGUCGGUUUCGUUGGAUUUCCGUCAGUAGGAAAGUCCACUCUUAUGUCGAAGCUCACGGGAACGCACUCGGAAGUCUCGGAGAUUGAUUUCACAACAUUAACGACAGUCCCUGGUACUUUGAAAGUCCACGGCGCACCUAUACAAAUCCUUGAUUUGCCUGGAAUUAUCGAGGGAGCAAAUGAUGGUAGAGGUAGAGGUCGACAAGUCGCUCGAACAUGCAACCUUAUUUUUAUUGUUUUGGAUGUCCUCAAGCCGUUAGGAGACAAAAAGAUCAUCGAGAGCGAGUUAGAGGGCUUUGGUAUUCGCUUGAAUAAAAAGCCCCCAGCCAUUUUGGUUCGCAAGAAGGACAAGGGCGGCAUCGCGAUCACCAAUACUGUCCCGCUGACGAAUAUAGAUCAAGAAGAGAUCAAGGCAGUUCUCAGCGAGUACAAGCUCAGCAAUGUGGACGUUACUAUUCGGCAGCCUAACAUGACGGCGGACGACCUGGUGGACGUCAUUGAAGGGAACAGAGUCUAUAUUCCUGCACUUUAUGUCUUGAAUAAGGUUGUUUAUCUCUUGGUUGAAAUUAUAUGCCACUCACGUUGGUUGUGUAUGCAGAUCGAUGCCAUCUCGAUAGAGGAAUUAGAUCUUCUGUACAAAAUUCCUCACAGCGUUCCAGUCUCAUCGAGAGAAUGGCUCAAUAUCGACGAACUCACAGAGAAAAUGUGGGAAGCUCUCGAGCUUGUCCGCGUUUACACCAAACCUCGUGGACAAUCACCUGACUACUCCGCUCCAGUCGUCCUUCGUAGAGGGAGAUGUAGUGUGGAGGAUUUUUGUAAUGCUAUCCACAAGGAAAUUGCCAAGCAAAUGAAAUAUGCCGUUGUAUGGGGUGCAAGUGCCAAGCAUUCUCGAGGUCAAAAGGUUGGCUUGGACCACGUCUUGGAAGACGAGGAUGUCGUUCAUAUCGCAAAAAAUUAG